AAUAAUUAUGUUGAAAAUUUGUUCAUCUCAAAAACGUCUUCCUCAAAAUUCCGCCACAGGAAAUCACCGAACAAACACCCACUACAUUCACACAACGUGCCUUCGUCUGAAGUCCUGCAACGUUGCCGAUCAGGCUGAGCGCAACCUGAACUCAUGCGAGGCCAAGAUUGGCGCUCACAAGACAUCUACCAAUGACGAAAUUGGCGUCGACACGAGCGUCGAGAAGAAGUUCCUGGGUGCUAAAGUAAAGUACGACCCAAACUUGAGCACCAAUGCCAGCUACAACAAGCGCAUUCCUCCCAGUGAGGGCAGUGAAUUAGAUGCACGUGGACGUCAAAGUACCAAGUGGUUCGAGGGUAAUGGCGGACCGGUGAACAAAUUGGUGAAGCUGUCGGAGGAUUAUGGAGGCUAAAAUAACGAUAUCCUUGGCACGACUCGCAAAUACAACCAGGCUACGAAAAACUUAUUAGGCACGGAUUCGAAUGAGGUAUUGACCAAAGGCAAGGGCGCUGUUCGCUCGACAGUCAACAACUCGGUGCAGCGCAAGGAGCAGUUUAAAGGAUCUGAGUAUUACACCCCAGAGAGUUUCUGGAUAGCAUCGCUGCUGAAAGCGAUAUUCCCCUUUUUAGGAUGAUUCAAGCAUCUAAGGAUGAAUCCAGUCAUAGGAAUACCGACUACAUUUGUGU